UCACCUCAUCGCUCCCUUCACCUCCACCAUUUAACUUCUAUUGCCUACUUUAAUUUCUUGUUAUCCCCCGAUGCAUCAUCCCCUCCACCUCCUUCUCACUGUCAUAUUCUCAGGUUAGACAACACCCUGGAGGAGAUCAUUUUCAAGCUGGUGCCCGGACUCCGAGAAAAAGAGGAACAGCAAGAGCUCGAGUUCUGGAGGAAGAACCAGCCCAAAGAAAACGGCCAAGAAACCCUGAGGUGUCCACGGUUCGGGGUCCCCGAUGCUGGAGGCGACGCUGGUGAUGGUGGAGGCAAUGAGGCGGACGGUGCCGGCGAUGACGACUAUCACAGGAGUGACCCACAGAUCGCAAUCUGCCUGGACUGCUUACGCAACACAGGACCGUCGGGGGAGAGCACGGUCACGGAUUUGAUGAAGAGGUUCAUCCGCUGCUCCAGUAGAGUCACCGUGGGAACAAUUAAGAAGUUUCUCAGUCUUAAACUAAAGCUGCCGAGUUCCUACGAGCUGGAUGUUCUGUGUAACGGAGAGAUCAUGGGCAGAGAUCACACUCUGGAGUUCAUCUACAUGACCCGAUGGAGGCUACACGGAGAGAAUGUAAGGCUGUCACGUUCACUUCCUGUUCAUGUGUGAGUGUUUGCAUCCUCGUGUGUAGAUGCAUCGCUGCAGGAAAUGUUUGCGUGCACGCGUGUGUCUGUGGAUCUUAUGCAUUCGUGCACUUUAGUGAAAGCGUGCGGUCCUGGUUGAAUGACUUUCAUAUUCAGUGUGAAAGGAGGGUUUCUGUUCAGAGAAGGUGUCAGAUUGUGAAAAAGGAAACUCGAGACUUUUUGCAACAUAAAUUUAUGGUGUUGGUACAGAAUACUGAUGUUCAUGAGACGCCCGGUUUAAAUGAAAGAUUCGCCUCUCGUGUAACAUUUCGACAUUUCAUCUUUACCUCGGUUUGCUAAAUUUGAACCACGUCCAUCUCCUCUUAGAGGCUCGGGGUUACUCUGCAUCCUGUUUGGCUUUUAAGGUCACAUUGCAAAGUGAAGUCAGUCAUAUCUGCAUGUUUAACAGAUGCUUAGUAAUGACAGUCAAAACAGGAAACGCAUUACUGAUGAUAAAAGAGAUUUUGUGCACCACAUUUAUUUUGUGCAUAAGAAGGUAUAUUUCUUCUUCACAGCCUUUGUUACAUCUACAAGAGGAGACAGUGGGUUUGUUUUUAGGUCACGUUCUUACCACCAGGAUGUCAGAGACUCUCUAUGGUUAGGGCUCCCCAAAAUGCAGCUCUUAUAACAGAAGACAUGCAAAAUAACACGACUUGUAUAAUGUUGAUGACACAGGUAACAUUAUCUGCUUUCUGAAAUUUGGCUUAUUUAACAUGUGGCUAAAAGCCAUAAUUCACUUAUAUAAUAAAUGCUGGAUUGAUUUGAUUAGAUGUAAACAGCGCAGUGUCAAAGGAAAAGCUUUGUGUGAGUUUAGAUCCUCUAAAAGGCAUUAGAGUUGAUUUGUGGUUCUGCAGAGUUCCCAGGUGAAUAUUGCUGAAAAAAGGCAGAUUAGCUCUGUGAGGCCGAACCUACGGAAGAAGAUU